CAGCCACAACCAUGAGCGGCGCGGCUGACGGCGGCGCCAUCGCCGCGGUGGCAACGGUGGAUUCACCGCUACCACUGACGAAAGCCGUGAAAGCUGCGUGGAAACGAGCGCUCAAGCAACUCAAGCUGAAAGACGUGGGCAAGAAGGUCGAGGGAAUUCGAUACUGCGCCGAAGACAGCCGGUUCUUCCGCGAAGGUGGAGGACUGCCCCUUCUCAUGGCGUUCCUCACUCGCGUCAAGCAACACGAGAUCUUGUCCCAAGCGUUGGCCAUGUUUUCCCACCUGGUGUCCGAGUCCGAGCCACUUUGCAAAUUGAACGCCGUGUUCAUUCUUGAGGAAGGACGAUCACCCACGACGCCGUGGUUUGGUGGGGAAUAUUUUCUCGCGAUUGGAAACAUGACAGUUGACGAGGACAUGAAGCUUACGGCCUUGCGGAUCUUUAUCAAGCUCGUCGAGUUCACAUUGCAGUUACCGCCCGAUCAUGCACAUCGAAGUGAGCUCGUGGCGAACAUUUGCAUGCGCGGCGACCCCUGCGUCCAACUCGCCGCGGCCAUGACUUCGCCCAACGUGGACCUGCAGUAUGCGUCGCUGCAGGCUCUGUUUGCGCUAGCUAGCGGCCAUCCUGACACGGAUGCGUUCAUUCAAAGCCUGUACUCCACCGGCGCCACGGAAAAAAUACUGUCGUAUCUCAUGCACGACGAGCCUCGAUUCACCUUGCUCGCUUCAAAAUAUUUCGAGCACAUCGCGCGAUUCGAAUCUGGCCGAGCCAGCAUUGUCCAAGUCAACGCCUUGGCUGGGUUGACCACCAAACUGCAAGCGCUUGCGACAAGCAUUGCUGCGGAUGGUCUAGACACUAAUGCAGUCGAAGUCCUGUGCCAAAGCUUGGAGCUAACGGCUCUUACGACGACUCGAUUGCUAGUGACGGCCACCGCACUCGAGAAUCCCGACCAGAUCCACGAAACAGCAUGCCAUCUCGCUCGUGCAUUGUCGAGCCCAGUGGUAAAAGCCAAAUGCCAAGCGUCAUCGGCGCUUGUGAUGCUGUCGUCGCUGGGCCGGCUUCUUGAGCGGAACGAAGACUGCCGCACGCGUGUCAAGGAGCUCCUGUUCUUACCGCAUCUGGUGCACUACCUUGUUCUUGACGAAAACAGCAGCGCGCCAGCAGGAGACCAAGUCGACCAGCAAGAGCCGAUGGACCCCAAAGCCAAACCUGCAAAGGGGGGCAAGCCAGCCAAAGAGUCUCCCAAGAAAGAUAAAGAGGCGGCCCCGCCCCCCGUUGCAGCAGUCGCGUUGACAGAUUCGGUCUCGGAGCUGCCUCCCGUCGAUGCCCAGGCAACUGCAAGGGCGCAGGCUGCCAGAUUGACCUUUUUGAACGUCCGCAAUGCUGCGGAGAAGGUUUUGCACAUUUGCGCGAUGGUCGACGGCGGCGCGUCGGUCGAUGGUCGAGUGUUUGGCAAGCCCGCCAGUGGGGGCGAACCAUGGAUGCCGUACGAGACCUUUCAUGCUGUAUUUGCGUCGUCGGACUUCUCGACGGUACUCCGUGGAGUUCGUUUUGCCGCGACCGUGUUGCGCCAUCGAGAGAACGCACUGCGCAUGGGGGUCGCAGGCACGACCAGCCUCCUCACCAUUCUUGCCGAUCAAGCGAAGGCUCAAGAUGCCAACGAUGGAGACACCACGAAACAAGCGGCGUUCACUGCGUUGGUGGCCAACAUUGCGCAGUGUCUUGGGCACUUGACUGCUGCAAGCAUCGACAUUUGUGAGCUGUGCGGCGACGAUGCGCUGAGCCCGGUCAACACUCUUGUGGCGUACAUGCUGCAGCACUCGAGCGACGGUGCUGUCGAAACCUUGACACCGCUCAACUUCGACUGGGGCGUUGUCGACACUUCCAUUGUGGACCUCAGGGUCCCCAUUCGAAUGCAUAAACCCCAAGUCCUGUGCGCUCAAGCACUCGCUGGAUUUGUCCGUGGGGUUCUCGAGCUCGCAAGUACGCAGCCCAAAGCGGACGAAACGGUCGAGAAGGGAAAGCAGCCUCCCGCGAAAGACAAGAAGCAGAAGGACGCAGCGUUGCUGCCUGGGGAAAAAGUGGCUGUCCGCGUUGCUGCGUUCAGUUUGCAGUUGUUGCAACUCCUGGCUACCCUAACGGACUUUGACCUGCAUGUGGAAAUACUUCGCAUUGUGCAAGCCGUGCCAUCCUUGCCCAACGGCCGCAAGACGCUGCUUCGCCAAGCCCAAGAACAAAUUGUACUCGAGCGCGUGCCACCCCCAGCCGACGUGGCUAGCGCUAUCGAGGCGCUUCGACUGACCCCACCAGAGGGGAUCGCCGUGGGUGCAGCUCCAUUCGUACCGCCAUGGACCGAGGCAUUGCAGGCCUAUGCGCGCCUCUUGGACCCCAUCUUUCAUGUGUUUCACCGGUUCGAUUCCCCAGUUCCAGACAUUCUGGCCGCCCUCAAGAUCCUGCACGGGUUCCUCUUCGACGCCAAGUCCCCUCAAGAUGACUACGAUGCAGACUUGUUUGGAAACGUGGCUGUGGGAAAUGGCGCCCUCGUCGUCCUCGCGUCGCUGGUCGACUUACCCCGCCUGCACGUUGCUCCUUCCGGACAAGUCGACGACGACGCGCUCGUUGAGCUACUCGGCAUCGUGAUCCACCACUUAAUUCAGUGGGGCUCGACCAACCAAGCCGCCGUGUUGUCCAGGCUGGAAGCGUACAUUGCAGAGGAAGAAGACACAUCUGACGCGGCAGCGCAAGCGCUGACACGCACAAAAUCUAUCGCGUCCAGGUGGACGCAACUCUUGGCAUUGCCGCACGACUUUGCCAGGUUUGGGUACGCUGGGAUGCCGGCACUGCUGGUCGCGGUGGAGCUUGGCCACGACAAGAUAACCAAGGCGCUGCUGCAAGCUGGUGUCCAUGCAGAAGCGCUGGAUCGCGAACGAAACUCGAGCCUCAUGAAAGCGCUGGCCGUUGGCCACAGUUCCAUCGUCGAUGCCCUCAUGGCGUCUGGCGCUGACGUUAACGCGUUGAAUGGACGAGACCAGUCCGUGCUCAAGUUUUGCAUCGUGUCGUCGUCGCAGAUCCAAUCCCAAGCCGUCGAAGCCGCCAUGGCAACUUUGCGCAGUGCCGACUCAUCUGACGUCGUCGCCACGCCGCGCACGCAACAGCGCAACGUGUUGGACGCGUCCAUGGUGCUCGACAACAUCAAGGCCGACACAAAUGGUCUUGGUUAUUUGCAGCGCUUGCUGGAGACAGGCAGCGACCCCAGCAUCAGCGACGACGAUGGGUCCUUUCCUCUGCAUUGGGCCCUGUCCUCAGCUCACAUUCGCACAACCGUUCGAGGGUGCCGCGUCUGCCUCCGCUUCGAGUCGACGCAAGUCGCUCCCGACGCGAUUCUCAACCUCACGUCGCUCCUGCUCCAAUACCACGCCCACGUAAACGUGUGCAACAAGCGAGGACAAACGCCGUUGCACGUCGCGAUCUUGAACGGUCAUGCACAAGCGGCGCUGCUUCUCCUGCAGCAUGGGGCACACCCAUUCAUGACCGACGGGUUGGGCUGCUUACCUCUGCAUUACCUGUGCGCAGGCGCGUGUGGCGCCGCCACCAUCCAAGUGUUGGACGCAAUAUUAGCCCUAGCGCCAAAGUUUGCGGUCAUGCCAACGGUGUACAGCGACCUACGAAAGGGUAAAACGGCAGCUGAGAAGACCUUGGUUGAACUCGAUGCGAUCCUCGACGCUGGGCUCGGAUCCCUCGUUGCUCCACCGGCGUUGAUGACUGCUCCUUCGCUGAUAGCAGAGCUUUUCGUCCACCCGUCCAAUUCCGGAUUGUUUCCAUUCCACUACGCAUGUGGCGCUCGCGAGCCGGAACUCGAUAUGGCGUUCGACUCUAAUGCCGGCACGGCAGUCACUCGUGUGGACGUUCUGCACCACCUCGUCACCAAGUACGGCCUGAACAUGGCCACACUGACAAGUUACCGCUUCAAUGCGAUGCACUUCGCAGCCAAGAACGACUUCGACGGGUCCAACGGUGCCGUGAUUGGAUUCCUGUUGGAGAGUCAAGUGCCCCUGAAUGCCGUCCACGAACCGAAGGAGGUCGAUGUGCCGAAAAUACUCAAACCCCACUCGACAGUCAUGUUCACCCCCCGCGAGUCCAAGGAGCCACCCAUGCAAGCGUACAUUUCGAGUUACUGCCACUUGCACGAGUACCAUUUGGUGACCGCAAGCGGACGCCACGUGAGCCACGUCCCGAGAAGAGACCUCGUUCCCCCAAAAGAUAUCCUUGCUCUGUCCGGCGAGUUUGCGCUGUCUCCGCUGCACUACGCUGUCCUGCAUAGCGACAAUGCAACGUGGCAGCUGCUGCACGCUGGCGCUGAUCUUGCGCCGGACGGCAGUGACGUUCCGCUUCUCUCGUUGGCGUGUGCGGCCCAGCGAGGCGUGGACGUCAUCGAGUACCUCGCGCCACGACUUGCCCCACGUCAAGCCAACAUUCGUGUCGAGUUGGCGCCUACCAUGCAUGGCACGGCACUGCACUUUGCCGUCGGCCAUGGUAACGUUGCCGUUGCCAAGGUCCUUCUGGACGCAGACGACACCACUCUCAAAGUCAAGCGGUCACGAGAUGGGUACACGCCGCUGCACGUGGCAUGUGCGCUGGGACUGAAAGAGAUGGUGGUGUUUCUCGCGUCGAAAGGUGCUCUUUCAACCGUCGCGCUUUGCCAGGACUCGCCACUGCACAUCCUUCUCGACGCUCAACGACUAGAUAUCUUGGAGAGCCUCGCGAAAGCGCAAUACUUGGCAGAGUCCCAGUUGGCUUGGCUUGGUGCACAUGCCAACUUGGACAACUUGUCCGUGCCCGACUGGCUGCGACCAUACACCCCCACAGCGGUGAUUCAAGCCAGCGUUGCUGACAUGGACGUCACGACUGAGAUCAACCAAGGCCAGGAUCUGCUCGAGAAAGGCCAGGACGACGAGAGCCCCGUUGUCGAGGAUGAGCGCGUCGAAUCGAUGGUUGUCCAACCGGAAAUCGUUGUUGACUGAUGUUCAUCGCUGGCUCAUCACCACGAUCGCAACAGCCCCCCUCGAACAGUGAACGGGUUCGAUAGCAAUGGCAGAUUGCUCCCCCACGACUGUAGUUGUCUCAUUAUUGCACAUAAAUAGCUCCAUGUCCGAUCGACGACGCACUACAUUCGCUACGCCAUAUCGACGCGAUUCACGCCGGUGUACUUUUUGUCGCGCUUGUGGCCACCAACCUCCUGGCCUUUGGUCCGAUGUUGGUCGGAGAGCCGCACCUUUCGGCCACUGUGGAAGCUCAUGGACGGAGUCGUGAUGAGUUUCAUGGAUGGAGAUGCCAUGGAUUUAAUGGACGGAGAUGGGGUCAGGGUCGGCUGCGGCGACCGGAGAUUGUUGUUGCCCACGCUUUCGGUCAGCGCGCGCACCAUGGCGGUCAGGUUGAAUUGGAACACAGGUUUAUAGUCGUACAUGCCUUCGACAUACGCAUCGGCACAAGACGACUGCGUUGCGCUGGACGAGUCCGACCCGUUCGUGGACGAACGCUGCCGACGGCCUCGGCGCGUCGAAUUCGCGCCGAUGCUGCUGGUUUGGCGAUGGAAGUGAUUGGAGCUAUCAGGAGCAUGAACCGCCAUGGUGUGCAUCGACAAGUCGCCUCCGACGUUCAUGCUGGUGGCUCGAGUGCUGCCAGUGUUUGGGGCAAAU